AUGUGUUUAAAGCUAGACAGAAAUCAGUGGUGGCUACGGGCUAAGACGUUUCUCCAUAAAAAUUAUGGCAUUUCUGCCCAUUUCACGAGCGUUCACGCGAAUUAUUACACAGCUUGGAAGUAUGUGACCAAAGAGGAUAGGCACUCAGUUGAAAGUGAAGGGCAUCCUGAUUUAAACGACAGCGAAGGACCGUCGACCUCGAAAGCGCAUAUGGCAAAUCGUAAUCGAAGAAUCAAACGAGUUUGCAAAAGGCAGUUUGUAGAAGAGGACACUGACACCUUUCUAGAACAAAGUGACGGCGAUAAUCCAGAAGAAAGCAAAUCGAAACAAAGUGGAAAAAAGCGAAAGCGCUUGAGUGCAUACAAAGUUUCUGAAAUAAUUUUGAGCAAAGGCCUUCGAAAUCGAACGGAACUAUUAGCUUUUUCUAACCAGCAAAGAGAGGAGGGGAAGACAGAUUUGGCCGAGUUUAUUGUAAAUAGAGGUAAAAAGGUGGUUAAUGAGGUCAUUGCUACUGCUUGGGAGAUGGAAUCGGCACAGAGGACACAAGAAAGACAAGGUAAAACCCGCAUUGAACUGCUUCGCGAUGCUUAUCAACAUGAAUGCACAUGCAAUGCUGACGGUGAAUGGCAUUACUGUGCGUUACAACUGUUAGCAAAUAACAACAUUUCUGUUGACAAUUUUGCUAACUGCGUCAAAGAGCUGUUGACGAAAGGCCGUGGGAAGUUCCGGAAUGUUAUGUUGACGGGCCCGGCGAACUGUGGUAAAACAUUCUUGCUCAAUCUGCUAAACAAGGUAUUUAAUACUUUCACUAAUCCAGCAUCCACUAGCUUCGCACGGGUAG